AUGGGCGACGCGAAAGGCGCUGCGAGCGGCCACGAGCUGGUCGCCUUUUUCCAGGGGCGCGGCACGGACGUGGAGUGCAGGACUCUGGACCAGAUCCUCGCGUGGGAAGAUGUCCUGAUGGAGCUCUGCCACGACUACGUGCAGUGGCUCUUCCCUACAGACCAGCCGUCCAGGUUCAACCGCGAUGCCCCGAUCUUGGACGAGGAGCUGCAGGCCGUGUUCCGCGCUGACGAGGGCGUCCGCGCCAACCUGCGCCGCGCGCUGGCGCGCUUCCUGGCCUUCCUCGGGCUCAGGCUGGACCUGCGCGCGGACUCCUGCGCCGGCGAGGCCCCGGCUUCCGUCGAGGUGGUCAGGGCGGCGAACUUCGACGCCCGGCUGCUGAUGUGCUGGAAGGGGGGGGGCUGUCCUGGCAAGCGCGACGGCCAGAGUCUCGAGGUGGAUCCAGCCCUCGGAGGCCCCAGCACGUAG